AUGAGUUACGGCAACGAUCAGAGGUCGCGCUCUAGGUCUCCCACAAGGCGUCACACCUCUGCAGAAUUUGUCGAGAAAAAUGGUUUUACGGUAGCUUCCCGUCCAAGCAGAUACAACAAUGGCAGUGAGGAAGAUCGAGCCGCGCAACCCCGCGACCGCGAAGUUGGCCCUUAUUAUGGAGAGCCGAAAGGUGGAAAGCAUUUUUAUGGCGAUCGUACUGAGUACAGACGUGGUCGCGGCGGUUAUGACGAAGCUGCACCUCGCAGAGGCGGUAGACGAGGUUUUAGAUUGAAACCCGAACAUGGUCCUCUGGUUUCCAGUGACUUGGAUACCUCGUAUAACGAGAAGAUAAACCGAAAUUACGCCAACAGUGCUUUUGUUGGGAAUUUGACUUACGACUGUAAAGCUUCUGAUUUGAAGGAGCUUUUCAAAGACAUUGGACAAGUUGUACGUUCAGACAUAAUAACAUCAAGGGGCCACCAUAGAGGCAUGGGAACCGUAGAAUUUGCAAGCCACGAGGAUGUUCUUGAAGCUAUUCGUCGAUUUGAUGGAUUUUCGUUCCGUGGCCGGGACAUCUUUGUCAGAGAGGACAACCCUCCUCCCGAGAGUACAAGAAGAGAAGAUAGAAAAACUGUUAGUAAAUCGCUAAACGACAGAUUCCAUCCAGGUUUUGAAGUUUUCGUUGCUAACUUACCUUAUUCAGUAACUUGGCAAACCCUCAAGGAUCUUUUCAAGGAGUGCGGCAUCCCAACACGAGCGGACGUUAAGCUCGACCGUAGCGGGAGGUCCAGAGGCUUCGGUACCGUGAUAUACGAAACUCAGGAUGAAGCCUGUGCUGCGCUAGAGAGAUUUGCUGGUUUUGAGUUAGAUGGCAGAAUUUUGGAGCUUAAGAAAGGCUACGGGCCAUGGACGGAGGCUUCAUCACCACAAUUAGAGUCAGAGCGCCAAGAGUCCAUCAUGAACACAGUAAACUCGGAUCUUACACAAAAUGCCUCCAGUGGAGGUGAGAGAAAUAAGUCGAUUUUUGUGGAAAAUCUGCCUUUUGCCACUGCUGAGAGCGACUUGUUCGACCUUUUUGAGAUUAUAGGGCCCGUUAAACGGGCUGAACUAAGAUUGAGCCACAAUGGCGAACCAACUGGCGUCGCAGUAGUAGAAUUUGAAGAUGAGGAACAUGCUGGAACUUGCCUUGACAGACUUGACAAAUAUUCAUAUGGUGGAAGGGAACUCUCGAUAACUUUCGCGAAGUUUCUUUAA